AUGGACGCGCUAGAGACCGCGGUGGCGUUGAUGGUGCGAAAGCCGAACGUGCCCCGAAGUAUGGUGGCCUUGGCCAUCCUGGGCCUUCAGGCGAGAAACGACUACGAAGCGGAAGGCGAGAGCCUUCGCAGAGAGCGCAAGAAUGCGAAAGCUGCCGGCUACCGCGCCGAGUCGCGGGCGACGGCCAUGGCCAAGACGCUGGCGGCGCUGCAAGCCGACUUUGACGCGUCGGCGCACGGAGCUCUCAAGGGCGAGAUGGAGCUCGUCGCAAAUGAGCGUGACGCUCUCAAACGGCGUGCCGAUGUGCUUGAGGCCGAGGUGCAGCAGCUGACAGGCCAGGCCGACGCAAUGCGGCGAGAGUAUACAGCUCGCCUCGAAAGCGUGUACAGCGCGAUCAAUGGACCUUUUCCCAAGAAAGCGCGGCAAGAGGCUUCGUCAACAGCUCUGUUGCCGUCACGGUUGAGCAUGCACGACUACUUCGACGAGUACCUCGUGGAGCAGCAAGCGCACAACGCGCUGCGCAACACCUUGAUCGUCGAGCGGCUCGAAACGGAGCUCCAAGCAGCGAUCGAGUCCCGCGACCGCAACCGCGCCCGAGCGGCGACCGCAAAGAAGGAGGUCGAGGCGUUGAAAGCUACAGCAGCCAAAGGCUACGCGUCGACGUCUCUGAAGCGCGAGCUGGACGCUGUUACGAAAGAGCGGAACGACCUCAAGCUGCGCGUCCAAGCGCUCGAAGCCUCGCUCCACCAGUCCACGAGCGACAUCGUGGAUGUUCGCCAGCAUUACAUAGGCCGACUGGAAGCCAUGCGCCAGCUACUUCCUGCCGACCAGCAAGCCGCCAACGCCACACCCGUCCGGUGGGUGCGAGCACAGCGCCAGCCCCAGCUCGCCAGGGCACAGCGCCAGCCCCAGCUCACCAAGGCACCGCGCAACGCCUUGCUCUGCGCACGUCACGUGAAGAGGCUGCCCCACGGCCAGCCAAGCGGCGACUCGUAG